UGUUUUUUGUUAUUUUAACCUAAAAACGCUCAACAAAAUCUUCUUCCCACCGAAAGCUAAAACCCUACAAUCCUGCGCGCUGCCACUGCCGCUGCCGCCCCUAAAUUCCCUCCGGCCGUCAUGGAAGGCGUCGAAAUGGAGACGGCGCGACCGGCGCAGCACUCCGGCGACGAUUUUUGCGCCGCCGUAAUCUCUCAGUUCAGCAAUAGAAGCAACGAGCACCACACACACGUCUGCAACAGCAUCGGCACCAUGUCGCAGGAACUGAUUGACCGGAACCUCCCCCGCACCGCCGCCGUCUACUUCCGCGUCACGUGCUCGUCCCUGGACCGCCUCUCGUCAAGCACCGAUGCCGCGGGGCACCUCCUCGACGCUAUGCUUACCAUUCUGUCACUCGUCGUUGACAGAUAUCCCCUUUCUGCCCUAAAAAUGCAGCACGCUUACCUAUCCGAGCUCCUGACUCGCGUACUUCGAAUGAAAUCAAUUGGAGUUGACGGCCUUGUGCCUGCGAUUAAGUGUAUCUCACGAUUGCUGAUCGUCAGUGAGAAGGCAGGGUGGGAAGAUGUGGCGCAGCUCUACGGAUUUCUCGUCGGUUACAUGACCGAUGAUCGCCCCAAGGUUUUGACGAUA